GAGUUAUCAGAAAAUAGAUGUUUGAAGAAGGGGAGCCUAUAAAUAAUCUCCAUAUGCAUCCGACAAUCGUCAGUUACUAAUCAUACUCCAUAAGCUCCAGAAAAGUGUCGAAGCCAGCAAAAUGAGGUUCUUAAUAGUUCUCUGUGCGACGAUUCCUGUGUUGCAGGCUGUUCCCGUUUCUAAGUUAACCGAGAUAUUUCGUGAGGGAUGCUUCGAGUUCGAAAAUGUCCCGCAGGAGGCCAUUGACAAAUUGAGAGAACGAAGAUAUGACUUGGUCUUGGGUUACGAAGCCCAAUGCUUUGUUCGCUGUAUGGGACUUAUGACUGGAAUCUGGAAUGAUUACACUGGUUUUGAUAUUGAGAGAACCUACAAAUAUUUGAAUGCGGAGAAGUUGGAUGUCACGAUGGAGAACUUGAAAAAAUGCUUGACUGUAAGGCGUGAGCACAACCAAGAUAAAUGUCUCUGGGCUGCAUGGGAUAUCAAAUGUUUGUGGACAAAUGCAUACGUUCCGACAGAACCCACAAUAAAUUGGUGGAUUCCUCGGGAGUGAGAAGUUUGUGGAUAAAUGCAUAAUAAAUAAAAUAAAUUAAAUAAAUAAAAAUAAAUUGGUGGAAUUCGUA